GCAUUUUGUGUCCAUACAUAGCUGCGCGCGAGACUUGCGUGCUGCCAAACACUGCCCGUCCACGCUUCUCUGUCAUUGCUCAUUCCUCCGAACCUCCCGCCCCCUCACCACCCUCCGCUCUCGUCGAAUUGAUGCCGUUUUGAGUAGUGGCCGAGCCGGCGCCCGCAGCCCCCUCGUCUGUCCAGCAUGAUCUCCUCGCGCAUCCACCACGUGGGCAGCAGCAGCGGAGCAACGCCGCGACACCAGAACAAGCCAUGGCUGGAGAUUCUGCCGGACGUGCGCUUCGUCGUCUUCCAUGGGAACGAGCAUGAGGCACAGACGGUCAAGCUGCAGGGUAUCGUCCGGCUGCAUACGCCUGAGGCCAUGAGCAUCCUGAAGCCCAAGGUGCGGCUGGAGGGCAAGCGUAAGAUCUCGUGGUGGUACAUGGGCGGCAUCUCGGCCGGCGAGGUCGUCGACAAGCGCGUUUUUUGGAAUCAAGAGCAGCGUCUAGGCAUCGAGAGUGCGCACAAGGUCAAAGCCGGCACGCUGGAUUGGCCCUUUGAGUUUGAGCUGUCGCCGUCGAUGCCCGAGAGUGUAGAAGGCUUGCGCGAGACCUACAUUGCCUAUCAUUUGCACGCCAGCGUCUCACGGCCAGGAUGGAAUGCCAAGGAUAUCACUGCCCAGGAGCACAUUCGUAUCGUGCGUACCUUGGGUCAGGACUCGAUGGAGAUGACGCGGUCGAGAGUCAAUGCCGACAUAUGGGCAAACAAGAUUUCGUACAGCAUUUCCAUCCCCACGGAUGCCGUGGUGUUCGGCACGUCCAUCACGGCUGACGUCGAGCUUUCCCCUAUCAAGAAGGGCCUGCGGCUAGGCAAGGUAGAGCUGCGACUGAUGGAAACGGUUGUGAAACGCAUCCAGGCCACUGAAGUUCCAGACAUCCGGGGAGAUCGAUCGAAAACCGAGGAGUCGGAGGUAGCCAAGGCGGACAUGGACUUCCCCGAACAUUCAAGAAUAAUGUACGAGGAUGAGACUCUUGACAAUCCCACCAUGGCCGACGAGAUGUACAAGUUCAAGGCCACGCUACCGCUGCCGAAGUCCCUCAAUGUGUGCAGACAAGAUGUGGACAAUCAUAGCAUUAACAUCACGCACCGAUUCAAGCUCAUGGUGAAUAUACACAAUCCAGAGGGCCAUGUCUCACAGCUCGUCUGUCGAUUGCCCGUGAAGCUGUUCAUCUCACCCAAUCUACCCGUGGAUGAGAGGAACGAGGUGAGUGCGAACAUGAGCGGUGUUUCAGACGCCGAGCUCAACAGUACCGAAACUGUUGUUGUGGCUCCACCCGAGUAUGGGCGACAUCAGCUCGAUCAGAUGUACAGCGACAUUGAUGUGAGCGGCUUCAUGAGUAGAGCCGGAAGUGGUCCUGGAACACCUGCCGGACUGUAUGCGCAGAGUCGAAGGGGCUCUCAUGAGAACGUGCUGUCGCUCAAUGGCCUGGCUGAUGGCGAUCCUGCUUCUCUCCACGGCAGUGCAAUGCCUCAUCUGUUGCAUUCGCGAUUGGUGAAUCUGCAGGAAGACGGGCAUGUGAACGGAUAUCGGGCGUCAGCUACUUCGAGCCAUCACAGUCCUUCCGGAGGCAACUCACCCGCGCCUGGAUUUAUCGAUUCGAGCGAUCACUCUCCUGAGCGUGCAUAUCGUUACACGCCGCCGGUACGCAGUGGGUCGUACUUUCCAACUACCGGUAGCUCUCCACACUCGAGCGCACCCAUGUCCCGACGGACUUCGGGCGAUGAGCAUGCACACUCCACGAGUCUUCACAGCCGGGACUACGACCUGAACGAUCUGUCUCGCGUGCCAUCAUACGGUGCUGCGCUGAGAACGCCUGGCGCCGUGACACCGUUCACUGAUGGACCGCCUUCGUAUAUGGAAGCUACUUCUCGGCCGCCUAGCCCCGUUCAAAGACCUAGCGCGGCGCACAUGCGAGGCGGAGACACGCAUCUCACUGCACCUUUGGCAGCGAUGAAUAUAAAUGGUACGAGUGGCACUUCCCAGCCACGAUCAAAUUUACACGACGAAGAUGCGAGAUUGCGAAUUCUCCGCGCAAGAAGUUAGUGGAACCUGCGCCGAUCGACGAGUAGCCGGCGGACGAGUAUGAUUCGAGCGUUGUUUCCAAGCGUUUUCUUUUUUGGAGUCCAAUAAACUAGGAGUCAAUCUUUCAAAGGUCAUUUUCAUCAGCGGGAGUUUCAUUCAGAGGGAAAUGAUGGACACUGGGACAAAGCUUGUGCGGAUUAUUGGGUUUGAUUAGUGGCGUUUGCAGUGAUAUUCACCACUUGGUCUCGUCGGCGUUGAUGGGGCUUGCGAAAGUGUAUGAGGCAAAAAGCGCAAUCUUUGUUUAUGGAAGGCAGGAUGGGACUUUGAAGUAUGAUCAUCCUUCGCUUGAAGGAAAGAGAAAAUCAUUAGAUUAGACGAUAGAAAGAGACUAGCCAUGCAAAGUGGCAACACAGUCUGCGGGUAUCUCGCGAAGUGAAAGCAAGCACAACCGUGGUAUCGAAAUUCGACCCGAUCGCGCAGCGUAUACAAAUUCCUUCAUUCAUUCAUCAUAACCAGAUGGAAUGUCGUCGAUACCUUCGUUCAAGAUCUUUGACAUCGGGUUCUCGGACUUCGAUGCGUACACUGUCUUUACG